AUGGGUGCAGGAUUGGAAAGUUCAAACCGAGGUGAAAAGCGUCAACGGACAGCAUAUACUCGGAAUCAGGUAUUGGAAUUGGAAAAGGAAUUUCAUUUCAACAAAUAUUUGACACGAAAGCGUCGCAUCGAGAUUGCACACUCUUUAAUGCUUACGGAGCGACAGGUAAAAAUUUGGUUUCAAAAUCGUCGUAUGAAACACAAAAAGGAAAACAAAGAUAAGCCAACACCUGCGGUACCAUUCCCGGCUGGUACACUUUCCUUCCAUCACUUGGCCAAUUUCAAUCCGCGUAAUUUUCUUCUCACCAACAAUUAUACCUAA